UUUCAAUAUAUUGAAAUUUGCAAUUGAAGGCUCCUCAGAUGAACAUAAAGACUUUAUCUUUUAGCACAGAAGAAGAAAGAUGAUCUACCACGAUGAUGAACUGCUAGAGCAUACAGAGGGACAAGAAGUAUCUCUUGAUCAGCUAAAUGGAGACAUGGUGGUCAGAACCAUCUACAAGCCGGAGGCACCGAUGGAGGCGGUAAGCGAAUUUAAGGUGUUGUUGGAGCUCAAAGGGGUCGGAUCGAAAAAUGGCAGAUUAGGUGUGGAUCUUGUGACCGUCUUAGAUAUCAGCGGCAGCAUGGCCGGAGAAAGGAUAGAUAAAAUGAAAAUUGCUAUGCGGUUCUUGCUCAAGAAACUAGGACAUACCGAUCGUUUAUCUGUGGUCACUUUCAACAGGAAGGCAGCUAGAUUGUGCCCACUGCUACAGAUAAAGGAAGCUUCUAGAAAGGAGAUUGAAACGUUGGUCAAUGGACUAGAAGCCAGAUCAACCACAAACACAGAGGCUGGCCUUAGAAUGGCCAUAGAUAUACUUAACGAUCGGACCCUUAUCGAAGGGCGUCGUGCAGCCAUCAUGCUUUUGUCGGAUGGCAUGGAAGAUGAGGAGAGUCAUGCUGCUGAUUUUCCAGCCGACAAGGUGCCCAUAUACACAUUCGGUCUUGACUGCGACUUCGAUCCAAAGUUGCUCUUUGAUAUCGCCAAGAAAAGUCAAGGAGGGAUGUUUGCAGCUGUUUCAAAGGUGGAAAAUCUGACUGCUGCAUUCUCUCUGUCUUUGGCUGGGCUACUAAAUGUGGCUAUUGAGGACCUGACUCUGACCAUUACACCAUCAAAUGACUACAAAAUUACGGAGGUGAAGGCUGGAAUUUACCAUCAACAGAUGGUCUGUAAGUAUGACAACCCUGUAACUAUUACAUUUGGAUCAUUAUACGACCGUGAGAUUCGCAAGGUCCUUGUUAAACUUACUCUCCCAGAGGUCACAAAACAGUCGAGAAACGAUAUUUUUAAAUUUGCCUACAAGUACAGUGUUGGUGGGAAGAAUACAAAACUCGAGUCUAAAACUGAAAGCAUACAUGUGAACCGCAAUGAUACGCCAACAGAGGCAGAGAAUGAGGAGGUGAUAGCUGAGGAGAAACGUAUCAGAACUGCAAGGAAGAUGAAAGAUGCAAGAUUAUCUGCUGACAAGAAGGAGCUGGAGGAGGCUAGGGAGUUUCUGGUUUCUGCCAAAAUAUUACUCUCGGAAGUUGAUGCUAUACUGAUUGCUCAACUGGAUCAACUCUUUCAUUUUAUGGUAUCCCAAGAAACUUAUGACAUAAAAGGGCGUGCUUUUGCACUUGCUCUUGAGGAAUCUCAUGAAGCCCAACGUGCUACAACUUUCACAAGUGACAAUGCCUUUAAGGUGCGUAUGUUCAACACUCCCCUUAUGGACCAAUACAUCGAACAAGCCGAUUCUUUUAACGGAAAUUAUGAUUAUGAAGUGCCCACAGAGGAGGAGGACAGACAAAAAGUUGCACUUGUGUACUAAAAUUAACAAAUUAUAUAACUGAAUGGUUGAAGAAUUAGACUCUGACUUUACCAUAAUCAUAUAUUUUUAUGUAUUUAUAUUUGGUGAAA